AUGGAUCUUCCAAGUUACUUCACAUUGAACAAUGGCCACAAAGUUCCUGCAUUGGGUCUUGGCACUUUCCAAGGGACCAGCGGUAACUCCAAGGUAAAGGAGGCAGUGAAACUGGCCCUCAAGUUAGGCUACAGGCACAUUGAUGGGGCAAAUGCCUAUGGCAAUGAGAAAGAAAUCGGGGAAGCCAUCAAAGAGAGCGGUAUUCCUCGGGAAGAGAUAUUCGUCACCUCAAAGCUAGCCCAGACCUGGCAUCAUCCCGACGACGUUGAGCGAGCUCUUGAAGUCACCUUGAGAGACCUCCAACUGGACUACGGUAACCAGUUCCACAUGCCUACAAGGCAGGUCCGAACAACACAACAGUCCGGCACCCAAGCGGUAAUGGCAAGAAGGUAUCCAGAAACGUGGAAGGCAAUGGAGAAACUUGUGGACUCAGGCAAAGUUCGGUCAAUUGGCCUCUCCAACUUCAACAUUCUCAAAACAAAAAGGUUCGAAGAUUCGACGAUCGUCGACAUUGCAAAGAAAUGCAAAAUGUCGCCCGCGCAGGUUUGCUUAUCGUGGCUCGUUCAGCGCGGUAUCCCAGCAGUUCCAAAAUCGGUGCAGGAGGUCCACAUGAGAGAAAAUCUUCAGCUGAAAAGGCUGCCUGACGAGGAUUUCGAAACCCUGCAGAAGUUGUGGUUGAAGCGUGGCCCAAUUCGGUUCCUAGACCCAAGCCGCCAUAUUGGAUUCGACAUCUUCGACGAGGAAAAGGACGAGCCGCUGGCGGACAAGGCGCCAUGGGAUUGA